AUGUAUGCCAGCCAUCAUCUAGGCGCAGAAUAAACAGAGUGUAAGGUCGCUUCACCUUUAUCGGUGGAGCUAGUUCUCCACCAGGCCACCACAACCCUACCUGCCAUUCGCUUCACAGAUCGAGUCUCAAACAAGUAACCAGCGCGACACCUCACAAGCCAUGGAGGUUGCAACGGGAGCACUAGGCACCCUGAUCCCCAAGCUCGGCCAGCUCCUCCAGGAUGAGUACAACCUGCAGAAGGGCGCCAAGAAGAACAUCGAGUUCCUGUCUAAGGAGCUCGAAAGGAUACGAGCCGCCCUCUGCAAUGUCGGCGAGGUGCCAGUGGAGCAGCUCAACGAGCUGGUAAGGAUCUGGUCCCGGGAUGUCAGGGAGCUGUCGUAUGACAUGGAGGACAUCGUAGACACCUUCAUGGGGCGUGUCCAGGGCCCUGACACCCCGAGCAAGAAGAGUGCCAAAAGAUUCAUCAAGAAGUUGGGCAAUAUAGUCACCAAGGCCAAGACUCGCCAUGAGAUCGCCAAAGAGAUCAAGGACAUCAAGGAGCGUGUCAGGGAAGUGGCCGAGCGACGCGACAGGUACAAGGUUGAUGCUAUUAAACCUGUCAAAACAUUGGUUGACCCUCGCAUAACAGCUCUAUACACUAAGACUACAGAUCUCGUUGGCAUUGAUGAGGCAAGAGAAGAACUAAUCACGAGGCUGACAAAGGGAGAUGGCAUGUCCGCGCAGCAGCAAAGGGUUGUCUCUAUCGUUGGUUUUGGAGGAUUAGGCAAGACAACACUUGCCAAAGCAGUGUAUGACCAGCUUAGAGUGCAAUUUGAUUGCACGGCUUUUGUUUCAGUCUCUCAGAAUCCUGACUUGAACAAACUUCUCAAGAAUCUGCUGUAUGAACUUGACAAGCAAAAACAUGCCAAGAUUCAUAGCACCAUGUUGGAAGAAAGGCACCUCAUCGACCUAAUCCGAGAGUUCCUCCAAAAUAAAAGGUACCUCAUUGUCAUUGAUGAUAUAUGGGAUAUGAAACCAUGGGGGAUACUACAAUGUUCUUUACAUGAUAAUGGCCUGAAAAGCAUAAUAAUCACAACUACUCGCAUACUUGAUGUAGCUGAGCAAAUUGGUGGUUGCUAUAAGCAGAAACCUCUAACGCAUGAGAGCUCUAAAAAGCUAUUCUAUGGAAGAAUAUUUGGCUCUGAAGGCACAUGUCCUGGGCAAUAUUUUGAGGUAUCUGAAAAGAUUUUGAAGAAAUGCGGAGGUGUGCCAUUAGCUAUCAUUACCACAUCUAGCUUGCUGGCUAAUAAAUCAGGAAAUAUAAAAGAGUGGAAUGACGUCUGUGGCUCUAUUGGUUCCGGACUUGCACGCAAUCCUAGUAUGGAUGGUAUGAGGAAGAUACUGUUGCUUAGUUAUCAUGAUCUUCCAGCUCAUCUGAAGGCAUGUUUAUUGUAUCUAAGUAUAUUUCCAGAAGACUAUGAGAUUCAUAAAAUGCGGUUAAUAUGGAAGUGGAUAGCUGAAGAUUUUGUCCAUUGUGAAGAAGAGAGUCAAAGUUUAUUUGAGCUUGGAGAGAGUUACUUGAAUGAGCUUCUAAAUAGAAGCCUGAUUCAGGUAGCAAGUACGAAUUCUGAUGACACCAUUUGGUCUUGCCGUGUGCAUGAUAUGGUACUUGAACUCAUUUGCUCCUUGUCAAGAGAAGAAAGUUUUGUUACCACGGUAUUAGGAGAUAGUAGGCAAAGCAUGCCUUCUUCUGGAAGCAUGGUUCGCAGGUUAUCUCUCCAGAGUACGACUUGGCCUACAAUGGAAAUGUCAAAAUUGAGGUCCGUUACUAUCUUCAGUCCCGCUAUAAUUAAUACAAUGCCAUCCCUUUCGUGUUGUCAUCUGCUGCGUGUGUUGGAUCUCGAAGGUUGCAAUCUCAAGGAACAUCCAAGUUUGAGGUUUAUCGGGAAUUUAUUUCACCUGAGGUAUCUAAGUCUAGCAGUCACUGGAUAUGCUGGCGAGCUGCCAGUGGAGAUAGCGAAGCUACAGUUUUUGCAGACAUUACGCUUAGACGAUACUCAAAUAGAAGAACUGCCGUCAGGUAUUGUAGGCCUAACACAGUUGAUGUGCCUAUCUGUUGCUGGGCGUACAAGUCUGCCAAAUGGGUUGCUGAGGUAUCUACCAUCCCUAGAAAUGCUAGGGGUUGUGAGAGUGGAUUCUGCAUGCAUUGCGGGAGAGCUAGGCCUUCUGACGCAACUGAGAGUCCUUGCAGUGCAUCUCUCAAUUGACAAGGAAUGCAGAUGGGAUGAAAACAUGUGUACAGCUUUGGUGGGGUCUCUUGGGAAAUUGCACAAAAUCCAAUAUCUAGUAGUAGACUCAGACAUGUCAGCCAAUCUCGAAGCAGGCUCAGUGGAGUCCCUGGGCAACCUGAGCUAUCUACGUAUUGGUACAGCCACUUCCUUGCCAACAUGGAUUCGCCCUGCAUUGCUUCUCUCCUCCCUAGACAUAGCGGUGGUUCAAGUGAGAAGGGAGGAUAUCCAAGUCCUCGGGAGGCUGCAGGCUCUUCGUUAUCUUGAUUUAACUGUGGCCGGCGACAUCAUACAAGUGCUGGAAAGGUUCAUGGUCAGCCCUGACUCUUUCCCAUGUGCAACAACAUGUACUUUCGAUGGUUUUACAAUGGUUCCGUCUACAUUCCCACCAGGAGCUAUGCCAAGACUUGAAAAUUUUACAUUUGUCAUCCCACUAGAGGCUUUCUCGCGAGGUGAAUUUACUACUGACGACCUAGCCUUGGGCCACCUCCCCUCCCUUCAGGAUGUGAAUGUUGGCCUUUAUUUUGGAGUUGGGAAAGUCAGCGAAGAGGUGGUAACAAAAGUGACAGACAAGCUAAGGCGCGAGGCGGAUGUCCACCCCAACCAGCCCGGCCUUCACCUGGUUGCACGAUAAUUAGUAGUAUUGUAGUAGCUUAUUCUAAUAAUUAGUAGUAUUGUAGUAGCUUAUUCUAGUUGCUUGAUAUUUCCAUUCCAAUCUUACCAUGCAUGACAUUUAUUUCGCAUGCAUGUUUAAUUUACACAUGGUGCAGUAGUAGCUGCAUGGUGUGACAACUCAGUAAAUAAACUAGAAAAUCCUAGUAAUUCACUCACUACCAUGCAUGACUGGUAAUUGGACAAGCUUGAUUACCUUGUGGUUUUUUUA